UAGAUGGGAAACAGAAGAAUGGACAGAUAAAACUAUUCGGUUACUUUAUCCACAUUUGGCUAAAAAAGGAGAAAAGAUGAGGAUACUUGAUAUAUGCACAGGAACAGGAUGUAUUGCUCUUGCACUUUCUAGCCGAUUACCCAAGGACUCUGUUGAGAUCAUUGGAUUAGAUAUAUCAGAGGAAGCAAUUGAGCUUGCUAAUCAUAACUUGAAAGUACAUCAGCGUAAAUUAAAAAAUCCUGUUCGAUUCCAACAAGGAGACGUAUUUGAUUAUUCACCAUCUGAUAAAGUUCAUAUGAUUGUGUCAAACCCACCCUAUGUUACGCGAGAUGAAUAUGAAGGCUUAGAUCCUGAUGUGAAGGAUUGGGAGGAUAUGAGAGCACUUGUUGCUGACGAUCAAGGCACAAUGGUGCAUAAAAGAAUUAUAGAAAUAUAUAAAGAGCAUUGUCAAGCGUUUGCGGCUGAUGUGCCCAAGGUAUUGAUGGAAAUCGGAGGGAGCCAUCAAGUUGAACCAUUAACCAAAACGCUCAAGAACAAUCAGCUGACAAAUAUUCAAGUAUGGAAAGACCUUGCAGGGAAAGAUCGGGUGAUUGCAGCUCAAUAGGCCUGUUGUGAGGUCGCGUGAUCUCA